AUGGAUGAGAAAAGAAUUCUAAAUUCCAAAAAAGGACAGAGGAAAAACUACGAGUCAGAAAAAGAGAAUUGUGUCAGUGAAACAGAAAAUGGAGAUGCUUUCCUUGACCUGAAGAAGCUGCUGACCUCCAGAUCCCCCCAUCGCUAUUCAAAAGAGGAGCUCUUGGAUAUAAAAGAACACCCCCAUUCCAAACAGAGGCCCUCAUGCCUCUCCGAAAAGUACGACAGUGAUGGUGUUUGGGAUCCUGAGAAGUGGCAUGCAUCUCUCUACUCGACUCCAGGGUGAAGCUCACCAGUAGAAACACUGAAGAAAGAGUGAGAUUCAGAUCGCCCAUCCUUGGUGUGCAGGAUAGUAGAUCCACGAGAGCGUGUGAGAGAAGAUGACUUGGAUGUUGUUCUCAGCCCACAGUGACGAAGCUUUGGCGGGGGCUGCCACGUGACAGCUGCUGUUAGCUCUCCACACUCAGGAAGUCCACUGGAGAAAGACAGUGAUGGGCUUCGCCUGCUCGGCGAGCGAAGGAUUGGCAGUGGGAGGAUAAUCUCUGUCUGGACCUUUGAGAAGGACCACCGUCUCUGUGACAAGGACUUGCGUGAUUUGAGAGACCGAGACCGAGUCCAAGAGAGGGACUAUAAGGAUAAGCGUUUCAGGAGAGAGUAUGGGGAUAGUAAGCGUAUCUUUGGGGAGCCGAGAAUAAAUGAUUCAUGUACUGAAGAAGAACAAGAAUGGUUCUCAGCUGGACCCACAAGUCAAUCUGAAACCAUUGAGCUGACUGGCUUUGAUGAUAAGAUACUAGAAGAAGAUCACAAAAACAGAAAAAGAACAAGGCGACGGACAACCUCUGUGAAGGAAGGCAUAGUCGAGUGCAAUGGAGGAGUGGCUGAAGAGGACGAGGUGGAGGUCAUCCUGGCCCAGGAGCCCACUACUGAUCAGGAAGUACCACGGGAUGCCAUUCUGCCUGAGCAGGCCCCAGGAGAAUUUGACUUCAAUGAGUUCUUUAACCUUGAUAAGGUGCCAUGCUUGGCUUCAAUGAUAGAAGAUGUUUUGGGAGAAGGAUCCGUCUCUGCCAGUCGAUUCAGUAGAUGGUUCUCUAACCCAAGCCAGUCUGGAAGCAGAUCUAGCAGCCUCGGGUCAAUAUCACAUGAAGAACUGGAAAGACUUGCAGCACAUUCAGGUGUUGUGCUGUCAGUAGAAGAAGUGGAAGCAGGACUCAAGGGCCUGAAGGUGGACCAGCAUGUGAACAAUUCAACAUCCUUCAUGGCAGAGCAUUUAGAAGAGACCUUGAGUGAUGUAACGAGCAGCCGACUACUGAAGAAAGAUGGAGACAUGACUGCAUUCAACAAGCUUGUGAGCACCAUGAAGGCCAGUGGGACUUUGCCUUCUCAGCCCAAAGUUAGUCGAAAUCUUGAAAGCCAUUUGAUAUCCCCUACUGAAAUUCCAGGCCAAACUGUCUCAAAGAACAUCCUGUAGGAACUUCUGGGUCAACCAGUUCAGAGACCUGCUUCUUCCAAUCUUCUGAGUGGCCUUAUGGGGAGCUUGGAACCUAACACCUCUUUACUGGGCCAAAGAGCACCCUCUCCUCCCAUGUCACAGAUGUUUCAAACUCGAGCAGCUUCAGCAGACUGCCUUCGCCCACGAAUACCAUCACAAACUGGUUUUGCACCAGGACCCCAGCAACUACUUGGAGACCCAUUUCAGGGCAUGCACAAGCCCAUGAGCCCUGUCAAGGCCCAGAUGAGUCAGAUGGAGUUGCAGCAGGCAGCUUUGGCAGGGCUGGCCCUACCACAUGACCUUGCAGUCCAGGCAGCAAACUUCUACCAGCCUGGUUUUGGCAACUCACAGGUGUACAGAAUCAGAGAUGGAUUUAGAAACAGGCAACAGUGAGUAACGAAGUCACCAGCACCUGUGCACGGAGGGAAUUCUUCAUCCCCAACCCCUGCUGCUUCAAUCACAAGCAUGCUUUCUCCUUCCUUCACCCCUACCUCAGUGAUCCAGAAGAUGUACGAGAGCAAAGAGAAAAGCAAGGAGGAAACAGUACCUGGAAAGGCGGCUGCUGGUGACAGUAAAGAGGAUAUUCUGAAGGCCAGUGAAGACAACCUGCUGUCCAAUUCCAUAUCUAAUGUGGAUCAAGAGUCUUCGCCUACAACAAAUCUAAAACUGUCACCAUUACAGCAGCCUUCAUGUUCCACCCCCGGUUACACUAAAGAACAAGAUUACCGACCUAAAACAGCUGGGAGAAAAACACCCACCUUGGCAUCCCCAGUUCCAGGAACACCUUUUCUCCGCCCCACCCACCAAGUUCCCCUUGUUCCCCAUGUCCCUAUUGUUCAGCCUGCUCACCAGCUCCACCCAGGAUUGGUCCAGAGGAUGCUGGCCCAAGGAGUACAUCCACAACAUCUCCCAAGUUUGCUUCAAGCUGGUGUGCUUCCUCCUGGCCUGGACUUGACACAUUUUCAGGGACUAUCUGGCCCCAUCCUGGGUCAGCCCUUUUACCCCUUACCUGCUCCUGCUAACCAUCCCCUCCUAAACCCUCCUCCUGGAAAACCUCUGCAUCUGGCAAUGAUGCAACAACAGCUCCAGCGCUCAUUUCUGCAUCCUCCAGGCUCUGGAUCCCAAGCAGCAGCUGUCAGCGUACAAACAACUCUUCAGAAUGUGCCCAGUCAGUCAGGCCUGCCGCACAUGCACUCCCAGUUAGAGCAUCGCCCCAGUCAAAGGAGCAGCUCCCCUGUGGGCCUUGCCAAAUGGUUUGGCUCAGAUGUGCUGCAGCAGCUCCUACCCUCCAUGCCUGCCAAAGUCAUCAGUGUAGAUGAGUUGGAGUACCGACAGUGAGGGCACGGCAGGCAGGCAGGCUCACACACAUCUAGACCUAUGGUGGCAACCUGGGCAGGACAAUGCUGCUUCAUCUUGGGUUGGUUUAUAUGCUUUUACUUUGGAACACUCCAGGUGAAGCUCUUUAGGGAACCCACACACAUGGCAUGGUCUCACAUGAUAGAACGAUCUUAACCAAUGUAGGAGCAGUACCUACAUGGUCUAAAUACAGGAUGCACAGUGCGGUCAAUCCUGAAAAUUCUUUCUUUUUGUAAGGUAUGUGAAUGAUGUGCUGGUGUCUUCAUUAAGAGGUGGCACCUAAGGGUUCUGAGGAAAUAAAAUGUAUAGACCCUUAUGUACAGAUCUGUGUAUAAACUUUUGUACAUACAUAUAAGAUAGCUUUUUUGAACUUAUACAGCUGUACAUAAAAGUA